AUGGCCCUCAUCGCCUCCUGCAAUGCCUUGUACUUCCCGCGCGAGCUACGGGAUAACGUGCUCAAGAUGCGGUGGAACGCGCAGGACGCGCCGCUCGAGCCGAACACAAGCGUGAUUUUCAAGGUCAAGUGCACGGCGCCGCACCUGUUCCACGCGCAGCCACGCUAUGGCGCACUUCUCCUCGCCGACCCCACCGGGGCCGCAACGCCGAGCUCGAAUCAGACGGCAACGAUCACGUUCAGCCUUCGCGGGAGUCACAGCGGCGGCGCCGGGGACGUCUCCCCGACGGACGUGAGCCGGCAGACCGCGCCGACGACGACGCGCACAUCGCGGGCCUCGAGCGCCACGCCGGGCGGCCCAGCGUAUCAGGAGCGCUUCGCCAUCGAGUACGUGAUGAUCAAGUCGGAGCCGCUCGCCUUUCAGCAGAUUUUGAACAGCGUCGCCGACGCGGCGCGCCUGACGGAGGUGGUGAAGAACAUGUGGUCCCUCGUCGCCUCCGGUGCUAUCCCGCGGGCACACCUCGGCGUUCAGGCCGGGAUCAACCUGAAGGUGUACAUGGAGAACGUGGUGCUGCAGCACAGUGACCCGGCGCCGAGUGGCGGCAACGAGGCCACGAAGAUUGUCGUUCCGCCCGAGGCUUGCCUCGUUGUGCCGAUGGCGUCGGAGCGGCACGGCCGCAGCGCCAAAGACGUCACCUACCGUGCCCGUACCCAGCCGGGCUUAGACCCAUCCCCGCGUCUUUACAGCGGUGGCGACGGUGCGAACCACCUAGGCAGCACCUCCUCUGUCUCGCGACGCAAGCCCGCGGAUGAGCUACGCGCCCUUCGGGAGGAAAUCGACACAAUGCGGCGCGAGUCCGCCACACCACGCAGCACGGCCGGCGGCAGUGUGCUCCACAACUCCUCGCCGUCCUCCAACACACCGAACAGCAAGCCGCGUGGGCAGGAGGGGGCCGCAGCGAUGGAGCCGCCCUCCGCUUACCAUGCUGCCGGCGACAGCAGCUAUGAAGACCUGAUUAUGAAGUUCGACCUGGGUGACGCGGCGAGUCGACCUGGUGCCCCAACUGCGCAGAAGCGAGAGGGCCUCAAGGUGUACAUGGUGCUUCUGCUGAUGGUCACCCUGUAUGUGUGCCUGCUUUUUAUGCGUCGCGGUGCAACACACGCCGAGGACGUCAAGAGCGGCAGCGGCAACGGCGCGGUUGCGGCGGAAGAAAGGUACGCCCUUCAGCUAUCACCGAGGGAGACGCAGGUGCAGAAGUAG